GCGCCGUGCUCGAGGCCCCCGUGGCGGCGCUCCAAGAUGGCUGACCUGUAGCACUCACACCACACUCCCGCUCCUGAAAACACCCUGUCAGACCCACACAAAUUGGUGUUAGCUCCCCGCACUCCCACUGGGCAACCCUGUACGUGCAGCUGAUCCCCCUGAGCGGCCGUGGACAGCGGGACACGGGCGGAAGUCGGCGUGACGGGCCAGUAACAGUGUUGAUGAGGGGCUGAACCUCCAUGUUUACAUUAUUUUGAGGCGGCGAUAUUAGUGUUUGUGAGUGUUGUGGUGGUUCUCGAGGGUGACAUGUGAGGCGUGAGUAGCCCCUGACGUCCCUCCAUACAGGAUUUACCCCAGCGUGGCCAGACAGCGAGGCAAUCACACUACACACCGCACGGGAAGGGAGCGUGAGGACAAGGAUGGCCGGGCCAAGGUGGCUGGCCAGGUAGCGGCGGGAUGUCACUGGUGGUUCACAAGUUGGUGCUAAGUCCAGGAGGGGCCACUGCCACCACUGCCCAGCCUCCCACCGCCCACCAUGUCACAUUAUCCGCCUACACCCACGCUCGGUCAAAUGCAACAGACAGUAUGGGCCGUGUGCUGGAUGGUCCACCAAGUGGUUCCAUGAGCACUCCACCUGCCUCUUCCUCCCCAUAUUCCUCCUCCUCAAACUCCUCCUCCUCCUCCAAACACAGCUCCACCUAUAACCUCCCUUUUGUUCUUCAGGAUCAUAACUAUGGUGCUCCUCCUCCCCCAACACCCCCACACUCCCCUCCCCCAACCUCCUCGUCCUCGUCCUCCUCCUCCUCUAAUACCUCCUCUUGCACCUCUUCUUCCUCUGGCUCACUCUACCAACACCAUUUCCAACAGCAACAUCAUCAGCAACAACACCAACAACAACAACAACAACAACAACAUCAGUACCACCACCCACAUCACCACCAUCACCACCACCACCAUCACCAGACAUACCAAUCCACCUCCUUGGCCACCUCCUCCUCCACCACCUCCCCCUCCUCCUCAUCCUCCACCUCUCAUCACCAUACCUCAUCCUCCACCACUCCUCAUCACCACCACCUCUCCCAUCACCACCACCAUCACCACUCCACCACUACAGCCAAUACUCACCACCAGCAACAGCAACACCACCAUCACCACUCCACCACCACCACCACCUCCACCACUCCACACCUCCAGCAGAAACAACACCACUUUGUACAACACCCAGGUCCUUCACCUCGCCUGGGUUGCUCUUCCUCCUCUUCCACUAUCUCGUCCUCUUCCACCACCUCCUCCUCCACCACUAACUCCUCCUCCUCUCCUGCCUCCUCCUUCUCCUCCCCCUCCUUAUCAGUGGGGGGAGUGAUGACCCACCACCCCCUCUCCAAUAUGCCCCCUCAUCGUCAGCAGUUUAUGCCCCAUCCCAAGUCCAGCAUCAUUUUCCCCUCCCCACACAUUCCCCCUCCCCCGGUGGAGCUCCCCCAACACCACUCCCACCACCACCAGUCUCUGCCAUCCUCUGCCACUGGCCCCCCACCGCCCUCCACCGAGACAGAUGACGACUCGCGACUCAGCGACCGCAGCUCCUCGGUGGGUCCCUCAGGCGAAGAAACAGAAACGGCACCAGAGGGGGAAGGGGACGACUUGCCCACCGAUGACUCCAUCACCCGGUGUGUGUGUGACUUCUCCCACGACGACGGCUACAUGAUCCAAUGUGACCGCUGCUUUGUGUGGCAGCACGUGGACUGCAUGGAGAUAGACCGUGACAACAUCCCAGAUGAGUACCUGUGUGAGGCGUGUGACCCGCGGCCCAUUGACCGCUUCAAGGCACGGGCUCUGCAGAUCCGCCGUCGCCAAGAGAUCAAGGCACACCUGGCCAGGUUAUCGUCCUCUGACUCUGAAGACAACAUCCCAAUGUCUUCCAAGAGUCGGGGCAGCCUAGGCAAGGUGCAGGAGAGGAAGGUGGUCAAGAAGAAGAAGGUGAAGCAGAUCAAGGACAUGAAGAAUGGGCGGAAGGGAGGCAGCAGCGGUAAUGGCUCUCUCUCGCUCCUGAAGAAAAGUGGUAGUGGUAGCAACAACAGCACCACAACCACCUCGUGCAAUAACAGCCUCCUGUCAGGCCUGGAGGACAAGGAGAGGAGGAUGCUGGUGAAGAGAAGGCGGAAAAGCAACAGUCAGAGUGGUGGUGAAGGUGUGAGUGACGACUCCAGCGGAGGGCCGGUGGAGCGAUUAAGGGCCUGGGUGGAAGGCUAUGAGGCAGCUGUCACCAACCACUACUCUCCAGAGCUGAGGGCGCGGGUUCAUGCCGCCCGCAUCAAUGGCGUCUCCCCUGACUUGCGUGCCUCUACCCAAGGCGCCGUGCUGGGUCAUCGCUGUCGAGUGGCCACAAACCCCCGGCCACUGUUUGAUGUGUUUGACAGCAAGAUUCUUGUGGCAGCCACCAGGUUGGCAGCCAACACGGCCAUUACUGAGUUCCAAGGCAAAUACCUGUUGGCCUCGCAAUGGAAUGCUCAGCAGCCUGUGAGCAGUCAACCCUACCUUCCCUAUGUCCUACAGUACCACAUGCCCAAGGAGGGCCUCACCGUGUGUGUGGAUGCAAGGACCUACGGCAACGAUGCCAGGUUCACCCGUCACUCCUGCACGCCCAACGCUGAGGUGCGACAUGUGGUAGAGCGCGGCUCCCUCCAUCUGUACAUAGUGGCCACCAGGGAGAUAGAAGAGGGGGAGGAGGUAACGUUGUCCCUGGAAACAGCCAACUCCACCCUGGAGCUGGUCUGCUGCUUGGCUGAGGAGCACGACUGCCGAGCACCUCCCAGCCCCCGACCUGAGCAGACUGCUCCAGCGCCUGCUCUCACCCACAAGAAGAAUGGUCUCAUUGUUGGAAACAAGAAGACAUUUAAAAAACAGCAGCUGCAAUUACAGCUGCGCACUAGUAAAAGAACGGCUUCAGCUGACAAUAGAUUAAUAGAGUCAGCCACCACCAACCCGGUUACCCCCAGCAAUCCUGUCACGACUGUGAAGCAGAGAAGAGCAUCUGGCUGUGGCAAGUCCCCGGUGAAGUCUCCAAGCACAGCUUCUGCCACCAGUUCUCCUGAGGAAGUCAGUAAAGACACCUCUUCCACCAAUCCAGGCCCAGGCACCCCAUCAGUAACGACAGGGAACACCACGGCUCCUCCUGACACUCCUCGCACCACACUGGACAAGCAGCAACAACAAAAGAUGACGAGGGAGGAGAGGAAGAUAGCUGCCUACAUGAAGGCCUUUGAAAGAUUGGAGAAAGCUGCCCAGAGAAGACAAGAGAUGGAGAAGAAGAAGGAGGAGGACAAAGGCAGAGAGAUGCGAGAUCCCAAAGAGAAAGAUAAGAAGCGCUGUGAUGGAGAUGAGGAAGACUGGGAGAAGACAAGCAGUGCUGAUGAGUGUGUGCGUUCCUUGGUGGGGGCUGACCGCUGCCGCCGCAAAGGGAAAAAAGGCCGAGGCAAGGGCAGCCCCCAGAAGCGUAGCAAUCACCGGGCAGACUCAGCAGCCUCAGACCUCACCGGGGAUGAGAGCAGCUGUGCCUCAGUGGGCCUCAUGUCCCCCAGCGGUGGUGCCACCAUAGAAAGCAUUGCCCUCAACUUCAACUCUCCACCACAAGGCAACCCUAACGCCAUGGGAUUCAGGUUUCCAAAGACCAAGAAGGCUCUCAUGAAUGAAUGGCUCAAUGAGAAUGUGGAUCCAGUGGUGCCUGGUGGUAGUGUGGUGGGCACUGAUCUGCCCUCAGGUGUGCCCCCUUGCUAUAUGAGAUCGCCAGCCAUGCCACUGCGAAGGUCGUCCCUCAACCAGACGACCGGUCCAGGAGCACUACCAGUUCAGGAAAUGCCUGGUGGGUCUGCCAAGAAGAGGUGGCUCAGGCAGGCCAUUAGUGAGGAGACUGAGACACCACAGUUCAAUGGCUUGUGUCCUAGCCCCAACAGCAGACCAGACUCUCCUACUGGUGGAGGUGACUACAUCACUCCCCUGAAGAAGAGGAGGCUGGCACGGGAGUCCAUGUCCUCAGAGCUGUCCUCCACCCCACCUUCCACCCCUGUCCAUUCCACCAGCAUGGAGGAAGACAAGAUGGUAGAGGAGAUGGAAGCAGAACUGGCUGAGGAGGAUGACUCACACAAGACAAAGUCUAACCACAGGUACUCUGAGGACAGGCCAACCAGCCCCUCUGUUCAGGACACCAUUACUUGUCCAGGAUACCUGAGGUCUGCCACAGACACCAGCAGCAGCAGCAGGACAAAGAGAGUAGUGGUGCAGGAAGAUGAUGAGGAAGAAGAGGAAGACCUGGUGAUAGAUGAGGAUGGAAGUUUUUUUGACCAAGGCAGUGGGGCAGUGAAUUUCAGCAAGGUAUCAUGUGCACGACUCUCCCAAAACCAGAUGGAAGAGGAAGAGGAAGUUAUGCGACCAAAAACUCGCAGAGGAAAGAAGGUCUGUUAUGAACCUGAGGAUGAGGAAGAGGAGGAGGAGGAGGAAGAGGAAGAGGAAGAGGAAGAGGAAGAGGAAGAGGAAGAUGAAACUGAAAAGGAAGAGGAUGAUGUGCGAGAUGAGUAUGAAGGAGAUGAAAAACAGAUUAUAGUAGAUGAUGAUAGAGAGGAACCUCUUAAAACCAGGAGGAGGCAGAGUACAGUGAAGAAAGGCAGGAAUCAGCAACAGCCACAGCCACAGCCCACCAAAAGAGGAAAGAGACAACAGGGAGGAAUGGUGAAGAAGGGAAGACAAGACCUGAAGAUUAAGACUGAUGUAAAGAGGAGGAAACCAGUUAAGAGAGGGAAAGAGGUGAAUGUUAGUAAAGAGAAAGAAGAAGAAAUGGAAAGACAAGACGAAGAAGAAAAAGUGAAAACUGAAGAGAUAAAAAUGGAGAGAGAAGAGAAGCAGGAGCAGCAGCAAAGGGAGAGGGAGAGGGAGGAAGACAAGGCUGCAGAUGACAAAUCUCAGCAAGUCAAGGAGGAAACAUCCCAACAACAAAUUAAAACUGAACCAACACAAACCAAGAUAGAAGCAGAUUGCAAAGUUGAACCAAAGAUUGAGAGUGACAUUGAAGAAAAAGAAACCAUGGACAUAGAGAGAUCAGCAGAAGAAAAAGAGAGAGAAGAUCUGAAAGUUGAACAAAGAAAAUCAAAGAAAGAAGAGGUAGAAGAGAAGCAAGAAAUGGAAAUAAAAGCUGAACCCCAGGAUUCUGUAGAGGAGGGACCAGGAACCACAGAGGUACCCAAGGAAACAGAAGACACCUCUGUGAAAAAGGUAGAAGAGCCUGAGGAGACCAAGGACAAGGAAGUGACUAAAGCUGAGGACAAACUAUCUGAAGAUGAGACAGUUGGUAGUGAUCAAGAGAAACCUCCAAAGGAGGAGGAAGAGGAAAAGAAGGAAGAUGAGGACAGACCAACACCUGCCACUGAGGAAGCAAAGAUAACAGGGGCCAUUGAGAGUUCAGAAGACAAUCAGGAGCAAUUCUAUCCCACUACUGCUCCUCCAGAAACUUUUCAUAGAAAAGACAAGAUAGAAGAAGAUGAAGGUGACUCUUCAGACCAAGAUGAACCCAAGAGAACUGGCAAGAAAAAAGAAAAGGUAGGAAGGAAGAUAAAGAAAUUGAAAAGAGUAAUGAAAAAGGACAAGGAACCAAAACAAAAGACAAAAGGAGUGAAGGGUCUGAAGGAGAAGCCCACAGGAGAGGAAGACAUUUCCUUAAAGGAAGGCAGAAUACAAAAAGCUGAUACAGAAAAAGAUGACAAGAGUUCCAAGCAGACAGAAAGGAAAGAGAACAAGGAACAUUGUAUUCCUGGCAGCCAUAGGGAACGUUCCAAGUCACCCUCUUCCCUUGCCAAUAAAGAGAAGAGGAAGGACAAAAGAAGCAGCAGGGAGAAGUCACCCGUGACUCAGGGCAAGACUGAGCCCAGACCAGCAAGGGAGGGCAGCCCAGCAGAAAGAACAAGGGAUUGCCAAUUGCCCAUCAAGGAUGACGCAGACACAACCAUUCCACACGAGAAAGGUGACAUUAGCAAUCCUGUCACUGCUGAAGCAAGAUGGAAGCUGGACUUGUCUCUGAAGCCUGAAGAACAUCCUGUGGAAGUUUUAAGGAAGCCACCCACUCCACCUACACUCUUCCCACCACUUCCUUGGCAAACAAACCCUGAGAGUUUUUCUGACAGUGAUCCCGUGAGAGUUAAGACUUCCGAGAGUGCAAACUAUUUAGGAGGGAGAGGACCCCGAACACCAGAAGGUCCUGCCCCCACUAGCCCAUCCACUUCUCCAACGUCACCCACCACCCCUCCCAGGUCACCACUCACCACUGCUGGGACCAUCAAGGAGGCGAAAGGUGAGGACAAGAGGGCAGGAGAGUCUGCUACUGAAGGAACAUGGAGGUCUAGAUCAAGAGGACCAUGCACACCACCACCACCACCAGAUGAUGCAACACAAGAGGAGCAGCAGCAACAACAGCAUCAGCAGCAGCAGCACCAGCACCAGCACCAGCAGGAAGGUGGUGAGGAGGUCAGCAGAAGCCCAUCCCAUCAGCACCACACAUCUAACACAGACAACACUCUGGCAAGACCUGCACCAGUGAAAAAGAAGUUGUCCAUCUUGGAGUAUCGCAAGAGGAAAAGUGUUGGGGGAGAGACUGGACCUCUUGACUCCUCCCCUCCCCCAUGCCCACCCCCACACCGUUCCUCAGGUGCAGACUCCUCUGGGGAUACCCAUGAGUCCUCAGUGCGUGGAGGUCUGCACUCCCCCACCCAAUCCUCCCCUCCAGGCGUGACUGGGGGCAGUGGGGAAGAUGGUGACUCCUCCCCAGACCUUCCACUCUCCCCCAUCGGCCCAAUACUCCUCCCUCCAUCACCUAUUAACUUGGACACCAGAAGUUCUCUAGAGGAAACCAAGAGAGAUGGGGAGAGCUUCCGCACCAGUGCCGCCGGAACCGUCAGCGCCAGUGACCUCAGCAGACACAGCAUAAUAAACAAAGUCAUGAGUAGCAAUAACACCACCACUAGCAUUACCACUAACAAAAACAGCAGCAACAGCAGCGGAGCCAGCAGCAGCAGUACAAAUGUCAGCAAUAGUAGUAGUAUUUCUGGGAGCUGUACAAUGUCUGAGGCAUCAACUUCAGUCACUGGCACCACCACCUCAAGUACCACCAUUUCUGGAGGCAGCACCCAGGACGUUAAAUGGAAUGCAGCGCCAACACUGCUGGAGCGCCAGAGAGAAAACCUGACUGCCAGGCUCCGGAGAGAGUUUGGUCUCUGUGUAGCUGAUGAUGAUGAUGACAAGUCAGGUCUGCGACUGAGCUGUUCUGGGGUACUAAGUCGACCAUCCCCUCCCGUACCCCCAACAACUCCCCUCACCACCUCAAGCCCACUCUCCCCUCGUGUACGCAAGCCACCAGUCCUUUCUGUUGGUCCAGCCUGCUUGUCCUACCUUACAGAGGGUGAUGAACGAGGCCAUCGUCGCCACAAGACUUUGCUGCCACCUCCCCCACCACCACCACCGCCACCAACCACGACUCAGCCCAAGAACUCCAUCUUCCAUGGGCGAGAGGUGAUAGAACCAAAGGUGGUCUGUGGGGUGAAGGUGGGUGUUGGUGGGACAGGGCAACCUGAGGUAGGAACUACUGGAGGGCCUGUGGUCUCUGGCUCUCAGAGAAUAAUUGGAUCCACUGGUCUGUUCCCAUCUUCAGCUCCAGUUCCUCCUGCUCUCCCUGGUGUGCGGGGAGCAUCCUUGCCCCAGAGCCCAGUUCCAGCCUCAGCCAGCAUCCCCAACUCAAUGACUGGAGCAGUUCCUCGGCCCUGUCCGGUGCCGCCACCCAUUGGAGUUCCUCCUGUGCCCACCCCACCAGUGGUUCAGGCUGGUCUGGCUGUCCUGCCGACCAUUCCCCAUGGUCUGCCUGGCCUGCCUCCCUCCAAGCAGUCUGGACCCUGCCUCUCCCCUGCCCUCACAGCUCCUCAGCAGAACCCAGAGUAUCCCGGCCGCCCCUUCUCUCGGGGUCAGUUUGGUGCCCCAGGAAUUGGCACAUUGACCGCACCCAUCUCUCUCUACUCAGCAGCGCGCCUGGCUCCCCCUCCACCUCCUCCUCCACCCCUGCCUCCACAAACAGAACCUGCAGGUCCUGGCCUGCCAGGUCCCAGCCCAUCAGGACAUGUAGAUCCUGCCAGGGUUAGUGGUGAGAGUAGUGCAGGCUAUUCUGGGCAAGACUGCCCUGCUCCAGGUACCCGAGGCUCGUGAUGGCGGGUCAGCGGAGCCUCCUGGCCCCUUCUCACCCCUGCCCCUGACCCAGUGAUGCUAUCAGGAUAAGCUGUGCUCUCUGUAAAGACCUUCAUGUCCUCGUGCAGACCAGCACGCCUGUGUAUAUUGUUGGAAAGCUUUGUACGUAAUGAAAUAUUUUGUUGCAUUCAACCUGUGCCCCUCGUCCAUUUCUUUAUUUCUCUCGGCUUUAAUUUGCUUAUCCUUUCUUGUAUCUAUUUGUUUUUGAAAAGUACAAAAUAAUAUUAGGUUCUUUCUCCCUGACAAAAUAAUGGGCUCUUAGAAUGUUUCUUAAGGAAAAUGCCCAAGAUGACUGCCAGUCUGCUGUGCUUGUGUGAGUGAGAGUGAUGACUGACUGCUGUCCCUCCUGGAGCCAGGUGCCAACCAACACUUGACUCCCACCUAACACUUCCGUCUCAUGAGAAAAGAAAAAAUUGAUUAUUUUUCCAGCACAAUUCUUCAGGGUGAAUUGUAUGGAAAUUAUCACUAAGUUCCAGUGGUCAAGAGGACCACAUCAAUUCAUAAAGGGACAAAGGAAAAGGUUUAUUAUUUUUAAUGUCAAGUGAAUAAGAUGAAAGGAACCAAACUUUCAUCUCAAGGACAUGGCCUCACUCCAUUGGUGUCGACCAUACACUUUUAUUUACAGUUCUGAUGAUGAGCGGUGUUGUACAGUCCCCCUCUACUGCCCGCCCUUCCAUACACUACUCCUUUCUUCUGUUCUUCCUCUCCCCUUGUCUUUGUUCUUUGUCAUUUCCUGGUCCCUCCCCCUCCCUUGCCUCACUGAUCUGAUGCAGUACAGAGAAGACCAGACUGAGCAUCACCUUACCUUCUUGUGGGCAGAUGACUAUGAGUGAUCUGUUUUCCCUACUAUUUCUCUCCUUUCCCCUCAUACAUCAACAUCACCACCACCACCACCACCACUACCACCACCACCACAACCACUGUCACCACCACCACUGUCACCACCACCACCACCAUACACCAAGCUAAAGGUUUCACUAAUGUUUUCAUGUAAAAUAUAUGUAAAUUAAGACCUAUUAUAUACUAUAUAUAUUAUUUUUUGUUAUAUAUUUUUACUUCUGGAAAGACUUUAAAUACGAGCUGUAUAUUAUU